AUUGCCACUAGUUCCUGAGUUUCGGAUCGUCAACAUGUCGGAGACCGCUCCUGCCGCCCCCGCUGCCGCUCCCCCUGCGGAGAAGGCGCCUGCCAAAAAGAAGGCUGCCAAGAAACCCGCAGGGGCUCGACGCAAGGCGUCCGGACCCCCGGUGUCCGAGCUCAUCACCAAGGCCGUGGCCGCCUCCAAGGAGCGCAGCGGCGUGUCCCUGGCCGCGCUCAAGAAGGCGCUGGCGGCCGCCGGCUACGAUGUGGAGAAGAACAACAGCCGCAUCAAGCUGGGGCUCAAGAGCCUGGUGAGCAAGGGCACCCUGGUGCAGACCAAGGGCACCGGCGCCUCCGGCUCCUUCAAGCUCAACAAGAAGGCGGCUUCCGGCGAGUCCAAGCCCAAAGCCAAGAAGGCGGGCGCGGCCAAGGCUAAGAAGCCCGCGGGUGCAGCCAAGAAGCCCAAGAAGGCGACUGGUGCUGCCACACCCAAGAAGGCCGCCAAGAAGACCCCGAAGAAGGCCAAGAAGCCCGCGGCUGCUGCCGUGACCAAGAAAGUGGCCAAGAGUCCAAAGAAGGCUAAGGUUGCCAAGCCCAAGAAGGUCAAGAGUGCGUCCAAGGCUGUGAAACCGAAGGCUGCCAAGCCCAAGGUUGCUAAGCCCAAGAAGGUUGCAGCCAAGAAGAAGUAGGCUGUCUUCCUCCUAAACCCAAAAGGCUCUUUUCAGAGCCACCACUUCCACUUAAAGAGCUGUGACAUUUGUGUAAUAACUGCUUCCUUCCUCCUUGCGUCCCGCUGAAGCAGGUUGCGUGGGAUGGAUCAGUCAGCUCUCCGGGGUGGGGUUCCCUGUCUCACCUAGGGUGAUGCUUGAGCUUGUCGGCUGAGAGGCCGAGAAGGGCUGGUGUGCGCCCCAUGGCUGUCAACAGCAAAGAGCCAUCCCUUGGCGCUAGCCAGCGUUGGGCUGUAGAUUAUUUGAAAGUUCCGCCCUGCUUGCGGGUUGGUUCUCUCCAGCUCAGGACUUUAGCCCUUAGUUUGAUUGGGCGCCAGUCGGUGUUGCGUUCUCUAGAAGCUUUAGCUUCUUGCAUGGAGAAACGCAUCCCGGACCCUUUCCCUGAGCGGUUUAUGGGCUCAGCGUUUCCUGGGAGUGUUUAGCGCCGACGAAUGGACUUAGACAUUUAAGCGAUAGAGCUGCAGAAAGGACCCACUCGCUCAGUUAUGCCGGACCUGGGACUGAGGUUUCUCGUACUUUCGGUUUGUUUGCUACAGCAAGGGAGUGGUGGGUCGAACUGCGUCACAACCUUGGUCAGCCUUUUUUUUUUUUCUAAAAAGGCAAUAACUUGCCGGUUGUAUGACUUGUUUUGCCUUGUUUUGACACAGGCUCUCCUUUUUAGAUUGUUCUCGAACUGGCAUUAUACUUCAGUUGUAGAUAUUUGUCGACUAACGAUCGACCUCGCAUUACAUACUGAGGUUUCUCGCUAUGCUCUGUGCAGUCCAAAAUAUUUAUUAUAGAAUAAAUUACUGUCUGUUGACAAUGUAUUGGAAUGCGUCCAAUAAAAGCCUUUAGUUUUUA